AUGGAGUCCUUAAUGCAACGGAUCAACGAACACAUCCAUGUGGAGGAUGAUUCCGCUUCCGCAACCGAGAAAGCUAAUUCGGUCGCGACAGACAGAAGAAUGGCAGGGAAGGUUCACUCGGUGGGGCAGGAGAACAACAGCCCAAACGACUGGUCAAAAGAUCAACGUCGUGGCUGGAACCGCGAUGAUAGAAAUAAAGGUCGCAGAAACGACCGAGCUAACGCUCCCCGUGACGAAGAGGAAGAUGCCAAGAGAAAAUUGAAAGUGCGGACCGGUAUCACCACGGUCUUUAAAAUCCCUAUUUACCACAUCUUGAGUGAAAUUCGAGCUAGACAUCUGGACCAAUACAUCGAUAGGGGCAUGAAAGCCGCUCCGUUGGGACAGACCGAACCAAACGGCCUAGCCGCCCUGGACGCGGCGCCACAAGGUGUAAUCAAUGUCAUCUAUGGCAUCACUGAACCGGAAAGGGUCUACGAGCUGAGAGGGAUGAUUAAGAAAGCCGAGCACAUGAGGGAGGUACUCUCUGUUCAGCUCGCUGUGAAGAAAGGAAAGACCGAAGAAAAAGAUAUCCUUUCAUUUUCAGGUAAAGACUUGGAGAGAAUUCAAGUGCCCCACAAUGACGCCCUAGUAGUGACUCUUCGCGUGAAAGACUUCGACAUCAAAAGAAUUUUGAUUGACUAG